CCGCUGUUCUCCGGCCUCCUUGCGGCGGGCGACGCCUGCGCAGUGCGGGCGCGGGGAGGUCGUUGUCCCGGCGCCUUCGUCCCGGCCGCGAGCGCCAUGGCGGAGGAGGUGAGCACCCUGAUGAAGGCCACGGUCCUGAUGCGGCAGCCCGGGCGGGUGCAGGAGAUCGUGGGCGCCCUCCGCAGAGGCGGGGGAGACCGCUUGCAGGUCAUCUCUGAUUUUGACAUGACCUUGAGCAGGUUUGCAUAUAAUGGAAAGCGAUGCCCUUCUUCUUACAACAUUCUGGAUAACAGCAAGAUCAUCAGUGAGGAGUGCCAAAAUGAGCUCAAAGCACUCCUUCACCACUAUUACCCAAUUGAGAUCGACCCGCACCGGACCAUCAAAGAGAAGUUACCUCACAUGGUGGAAUGGUGGACCAAAGCACACGAUCUCCUUUGCCAACAGAAGAUUCAGAAGGCUCAGAUUGCCCAGGUGGUUAAAGAGUCCAAUGCAAUGCUUAGGGAGGGAUACAAGACGUUCUUCAACACCCUCUACCAGAACAACAUUCCCCUUUUCAUCUUCUCCGCGGGCAUUGGUGACAUCCUGGAGGAGAUUAUCCGGCAGAUGAAGGUGUUCCACCCCAACAUCCACAUCGUGUCUAACUACAUGGACUUUGACGAAGACGGUUUCCUCCAGGGAUUUAAGGGCCAGCUCAUACACACAUACAACAAGAACAGCUCCGUUUGUGAGAACUCCGGCUACUUCCAGCAGCUUCAGGGCAAAACCAACAUCCUCCUGCUGGGAGACUCCAUGGGGGACCUCACGAUGGCUGAUGGGGUGCCAGGUGUGGAGAACAUUCUCAAGAUUGGCUUCUUAAAUGACAAGGUGGAAGAGCGGCGGGAGCGCUACAUGGACUCCUACGACAUUGUGUUGGAGAAGGAUGAGACGCUGGAUGUGGUCAACGGGCUGCUGCAGCACAUCCUGCACCGCGGGGACUGGAGAGAGACACAGGGCUCCUGAGAGCCAGCAGGGGGCUGGGGGUGCCGGCACCACGGGCUGGAGAGCGGGGAGCCUCACCGGGAGGUCGCCCUGUGGGAGCGCUGCUUGCUGCAUGUCCCUGUGCACGUGGAGUCCAGGAUGCAGCUGCUGAGCCUGGGCCUCUCCUCCUCCUCCCCCAGUGUCCUCUGUGGUGUUCUCAGGGGUGGGGCUGGUGGGGGGCCCCUGCCGGGGGGCAGGGGUCAGCCAGGUGAAAGCGGGACCCACAGGGUGUUAGUGCCCUAGGGACCAUCUAAUCCAGGGGUUCUUUCUCCCCUAAUUUUUUAAACACAGGAAGAUGUUCUUCAAAGAAAUCUAAUGUGUGAAACAGAUCAAAAUAAAAAAAGGAGAAAACA